AUGUCUUGGCCCAACCCUUUCUUACGCAAGGAUGAGAAUAGUAGACAUGUUUGGGGCUUCGACUUCCAAUGGACUCCCCAGCACAUGACCCCGGCGGAAAUGCAUCCUCUGAAGUACUCUUAUGAUGUGUCGGGCGAGGAAUGUUUGGUCCGCCUUAAUAGGAUCUCGCCACCUGGUCCGGACCAACAGCUGCCUCGAAAUCGAAGCAGGACUCAAGCGGAUGCAAAACCUCCAGUGAAAAGAAACUUGUAUGCUCUCUUAAGAGACCAUGCCCCAGAAGACGAGGCACUGGGACGUCUGUGGGACGAAGUAAAUACUAUACCGGAUUGGGUUGAUUGGAAUCAGAUUGCUCGUGGACAAGAUGUUUUUUAUCGGUAUGGAGGCGUGGCUCUUACUGCUCUGGCUUACCAGUCUCUACUUGGAGGUAUGGGAGCUGCCCGGGUCACUGAGGUCCUUGCUCGGACGGGAGGCUUUUCGACCAAAGUGGCUAAAGCCCGGAUGUACGAGACCACGCAGCAUAUUUUGCAAGUAACGAGCUCCUUAGACUCCAUCAAGCCAGGCGGAGCUGGUCAUGCUUCAUCCAUCCGAGUCAGACUUCUUCACGCAGCUGUACGACGACGAAUAAUGAAACUUGCAAAAGAAAGACCAGAGUAUUAUUCCGUAGAGGAGUUUGGGAUUCCUAUCAACGACUUAGAUUCUAUUGGUACAAUAAUCACCUUCUCGGCAACUCUGAUUUGGCUCGGCUUCCCGAGACAGGGGAUCUGGAUGAGACAGCAAGAGAUAAAGGAUUAUCUUGCUCUGUGGCGUCUGGUAGCUCAUUACAUUGGGACCCCUCCUGAGUACUUUGAGACCCCAGAACGAGCUAAAUCUAUGAUGGAAUCUCUUUUGAUUUCAGAGAUUCGUCCCAGCGAGACGUCGAAAGUGCUCGCAAACAACAUCAUUCUCUCGUUGCAAAGACAACCUCCUGCUUAUGCGUCAAAAGAUUUUCUCAUAGCGAGCGCUCGGUGGCUUAACGGGGACGAAUUGGCGGAUGCCUUGGGGCUGGGUCGCCCAAGCCUUUAUUAUAAGGCUCUAGUUGCAGGGCAGUGCAUCUUCUUCGUGUUCAUAUGUUAUACAUAUCGCUCGAUACCGUACCUAGAUAGGCGAAAGUUAAAGGCACUUCGAAGCAUGUUCUAUCAAGUGAUAGUCGAGAACAAGGCACAUGGGUUGGGUGAGGAAACGAACUUCGACUUCAAGUAUAUCCCAAACUUUGACACAACAACGUCGAUGGGAGAAUAUGUAUCUGGCUUAAAGGAAUCGGGAGUUGAGAGGAGGAAUCUGAGUGCACUGUGUAUGGGAAGUGCAGUUAUGGGUAUUGUUUUGUAUUUCUGUUUGAUGACAACGUUCAAGGUAUUUGGGAGACUAGCAGCCUGGUGGUUUACUUGA